AUGACCCCUAGUUCUGAUUUGGGGAUGAAUCGAAGUUUUAGGGCACCGGACUCGCAAAUGCAGGCUUCGACGAGGCAGAGGCCGCAGUUGGGAAGUUUGAGGACGUCGAUGAUGAAGGAAAAGGAGGAGGAGCUCGCUCUGUUUCUAGAGAUGCGAAAACGGGAGAAGGAACGGAAUAACCUUCUCCUUCAGAAGUCGGAAGAUUUUGAAGCUCCACUUGGAUCAAAACCCGGCACUUCUCCCCUUUUUAAUGUUGCAUCAUCUGCACCGGCUAGGAAGACUGUCGCCGAUGAUUUCCUCAAUUCUGACAAUGAUAAAAAUGACUAUGACUGGCUAUUAACUCCUCCUGGUACUCCCCUUUUUCCUUCACUGGAGAUGGAAGCACAAAAAACUGUUAUGAGUCAGAUUGAAACUCCCAAAGCUCGUCCGACUUCACUAAAAUCUAGACUAGCAAAUCCUCAGCCGGAGCCUGCUGCCAGGAGCAACCUAAUAUCUAGACAGUCAGUUUCUUCACCUGGAUUGAACAAUUCCAGUAUAGGGAUUCGCAGGCCCUCAUCAUCUGGGGGUCUGGGAUCAAGACCUGCAACACCAACUGGACGCCCUACAUUAAACCCAGCAUCUAAAUCCACAUCGACAACUGCAUCUAAAUCAACAAUUACUGCAGCAUCUAAGCCUACUUCGACUAUGUCUAAGUCUUCAAGGUCUUCUACACCUACUUCUCGGGUUAUGUUGCCUUCAACUAAACCCACAGUUCCUGCAAGGUCUUCUACACCUACUUCUCGGGCUACAGUACCUUCAUCCAAGGCCACGGUUCCAGCAAGGUCUUCUACGCCCACUUCUCGGGCUGCUUCUAGGUCUUCAACACCAACCUCUAGACCCACCUUACCUGCAUCUAGGCCCACAUCAAGAGCAACAACUCCAACUCGCAGGCCUGCCAUGCUGUCAACUGCAACUAAUCCAUCUGCUCCUCCAGUUAAGUCUCCCUCUAACUUGGUUGCAAAGUUGGGAUCUGCAACAGCAAGAAAUCCAGUGCCACCACGUGCUAGCUCUCCAACAGUGAAACCCAGACCAUGGAACCCUUCUGAGAUGCCCGGUUUCUCUCUUGAAGCCCCACCAAACUUGAGGACUACUCUUCCUGACAGGCCACUUUCAGCCACUAGAGGCAGGCCUGGAGCACCUAGUGCUCGUUCUGCUUCUGUUGAGCCUGUCCCUAGUGGGAGGGUUCGAAGGCAAUCAUGUUCUCCCUCAAGAGGGCGGCCCCCUAAUGGCAUUAUCCAUAACAGUGGAAGCUCUGUUCCUGCUGUCAGUCGUGCACAUGCUAAAGCUAAUGAAAAUGUGAGCCCAGUUUUGAUGGGAACCAAGAUGGUUGAAAGAGUAAUAAAUAUGAGGAAAUUGGUCCCGCCAAAACAAGAUGAUAAGCAUUCUCCUCGUAGCAACUUAUCCGGAAGCUUUGGAAGAACACUCUCAAAGAAAUCUUUGGAUAUGGCUAUAAGGCAUAUGGAUAUAAGGCGGAGCAUUCCAGGUAAGUUGCGACCAUUAAUGACAAAUAUACCUGCAUCCUCAAUGUAUAGUGUGAGAUCGGGUUCAGGGCCUCCUCGCAGCAGGACAGUUAGUGUUUCAGAUUCCCCUCUUGCAACAAGCAGUAAUGCCAGUUCUGAAGUGAGCGUCAAUAACAAUGGCCUAUGUGUUGAUGGAAGUGAAGCAGAAGAUGAAAUCAGCAGUGACAAAGGUGCUCGAUCUCCUGCAAGCAUAAGGGGUAGGUGA